AAUUCUGUAACAAGUUAUUCCAUGAUGAUUCGGCGUCCUGUUAAGUUAUUCUCCGCACAUUUAUUAACAACUACUACAUCACAGACGUUGAAGGUAGAACAAAGUGCACAAAAGGCCGCAGAACCGGGCCAUCUUAUCAGAUUACCAAGCCCCCACCACCACCGCCUCCGUCCACCGCCCCCGCCGCCGCUGAGAAAAUGUCGAGCGGAGAAGAUCCGAUUGGGGAUUCUAAUGAGGAUUCAUUCGUCAAUUCUAAUGAAGAUUCAUUCGUCAAAGUGAAGCAGAAGCUCAAGGAUCGAUCGAAGGCGAGAACUGAGCUGAUCUCUUCCACGUAUUUGCCGAAAAUGGUGGAGACGAAGGAGAAGACGAAGAAGAUCUUGUCCGAGCAUGCGGAUAAGAUUGCCAAGCGGGCUGAAGAACACGAAACCUUCAUCUCCAAGGUGACUCAUCUGCUUGGUGUUCUUGGGUUUGGGGCGUUUUGCUUUAUUUUGGGUGCUAGGCCACAAGAUAUUCCUUAUGUAUAUUGUUUGUUCUAUGUUACCUUUGUUCCUCUUCGGUGGAUUUACUACCGAUAUAAGAAAUGGCAUUACUAUCUUUUGGACUUUUGUUAUUAUGCUAAUACAAUAUUUGUAAUCACAAUUCUCUUUUAUCCUAGAAACGAAAAGCUUUUCAUGGUUUGUUUCUCAUUUGCUGAGGGUCCACUGGCAUGGGCAUUAAUAGUUUGGCGUUGUAGCUUGGUCUUCAGUUCUGCUGAUAAAAUUGUCAGUGUCUUCAUACAUCUUUUGCCUGGAUUGGUUUUCUUUACGAUUCGAUGGUGGGAUCCUGUUUAUUUUGGAGCCAUGCACCCUGAAGGGAACGACCGCAGAGCCUCAUGGCCUUAUGCAGAAAGCAAAUCCUACCUUUGGACAUGGCUGUUUUUCGUCCCCUUGAUAACAUACACUCUCUGGCAGAUCCUCUAUUUCCUCAUUGUGGAUGUUUUACGCCGCCAAAGACUUUUAAGGGAUCCUGAGGUCAUGACUUCAUACAGGGAGCUAUCGAAAAAGGCACAGAAAGCAAACAACUUGUGGUGGCGUCUAAGUGGGCUGCUCGGCGACCAAAACCGGUUGUUGAUGUACAUUCUUCUGCAGGCAGUAUUCACAAUGGCAACCACGGCGCUCACCGUCCCAAUAUUCCUCUCGUACGAGCUGCACGCCGUGUUCCAAGUCCUCAAGAUCUCGGCAUCAAUCUGGAACGGAGGGAACUUUUUGGUUGAAGUGAUGCCCAGACAAGCCAUUCUCAAGGAGGAGAAGAAGAAGAAGAAAUCUGUGGUGACUGUCCAGUCCGAGUGACUCACUCCCCAAUACAAGCAGAGAAAAUCCUUUGCAAUUUUGGGAUGUUUGCCCAUUUGUUUGUUGGGUGGCCCCCAAAUGUGUACGUCAAAGCUAAAUAUCUCAAUUGUCAUACUCUAGUCUAGUUCACGAUGAUUAGAGAUGUUUUACAAGUGGAUAUUUGUAGAAUCACCACGGUCAUUUUGACCUUAGAAAUGAAUCAUCCGGGCAUCU